UUUCUUUCUCAAUAUUAUUGUAAAGUUUGCUGAUUAAAUUGUGCUUCAUUGGGAUUCAGGUCAUGAGGUCGAUCGAGAAGUAAGCUUAUUUCAGGGAAAUUAAAGGAGCUGGUUCCGGUCAUUACUUGCUAACCUGGAAUUAGUAAGGUAAUAAUCACGACGGUGCAGCAUACAAAGUUCAUCACUGCAAUGGAUCCUAAAAUCUAUAAAGCGGCGGCGAAAGGCAACCUGCAGGAAGUAUUGGAACAUGAUAACUCCAAUCCACUUGAUGGGUUUUUAACAUUUAAUCAAAAUACAAUCCUACAUAUUUGCAUUUCAAGUAUCCUCGUUGAAGAAGAGUUUCCUGCCGCUGGAGGAACUGAUCCAGCCUCAGCGGCAAAAUUUGUGAAAGAUGUACUGGGCAAGUGUCCGUCACUUUUAUUGAAAGCCAACGCAGAUGAUGAUACUCCGUUACAUUUGGCGGCAAGGUAUGGGCAUGCUUCCAUCGUCAAAGUGCUAAUUGAACAUAAAAAAUCCCAACAUCCAGAUCUCGAAAGUGGCCGAGUCGUUGAAGCUAUUAAGGAGAUGAUUGGGAAGCUGAACAAAGAGAGAGACACGGCCUUACAUGAGGCUGUACGUCACAAUCACAUUGACGUGGUAAAACAGUUACUAAUUGAGGUAGAUCCAGAAUUUCCGUUUGGUGCUAAUGAAGCUGGUGAGACCCCACUUUACUUGGCUGCCGAGAGAGGCUUUCCAGAUUUGGUGUCAGAAAUUUUAGACAAAUUCAUAUCACCAGCUUAUGAUGGCCCCUUGGGUAGAACGGCUUUGCAUGCUGCAACAUUUUCGAAUGAUGAAGGAAUGACCAAAAACAUUUUGGAAAAAUACGGAGGCGAUCUAUGUAAACAAGCAGACCUAAAAGGUUGGACUCCGCUUCACAUGGCUGCAUACUUGGGUUGCAAUGAGCCAACAAAACUAUUGCUGCAAUAUGGUAGAGAGGUAGCAUAUAUGAAAGACGCAGAGGGUAGGACAGCUCUUCACAUUGCAGCUCAUCUUAACCAAGAAGAAGUAACAGAAGAGAUUAUAUCAAUGUGUCCGGAUUGUUGCGAAGUGGUUGACAAUAAAGGCCGCAAUGCACUCCAUCUCGCCGUGCAUCUCGCCGAGUACAACUCGUGGCCAGGUGCAGCGCUAAUGAUCCAAGAUAAUUCGUCUCUCCGGAAUCUUUUGAAUCAGAAGGACAACGACGGGAAUACACCUCUCCAUCACUAUUGCAAUUAUUCUAAUUUGUACCACGAGGCUCUCCUGACUUCUCCAAGAGUUGACAAAAUGGUAUUCAACAAAAAGAACGGGAAUGCUCAUCAAAUCUAUAAAAGUAAAAGCUUCCAACUUGAUGAGAAAAAUAAAGAAUACUCACGAUUCAGUCCAAUAAAUAUUUUACAGAAGGAGCAGAGCCUUUUUAAAGCAGAAAAUCAUAGUUAUGGACGAUUAGUAGAAGUCGGGUAUGAUGAAAUUGAGAAGAGGAAGACGGAGCAGGAGGAGGAUGUGGAGAGGAUGAAGAAGUGGGAGAAACAGAAGGAUGAGGAUGAUGGUAAAGCGGCUCAAGCCCAUUUGGUAGUUGCUGUACUCAUUACAGCCGUGACUUUUGCUGCUGGCAUUACCAUGCCCGGGGGCUUCGUUGGUGGAGAUGAUCAUGCACUUUCAGGCAUGGCAGUUUUGAGGAAAAGUGUUGCGUUCAAAACAUUCAUCAUUACAGAUACCCUAUCAUUGAUGCUAUCUAGUUCGGCUGUCUUUCUCCACUUAUUUAUUCCGCUUAUCCCACCUUCUAAAGAAAUGUUCAUUAUGCGC